GCCACAAAUUAGUGAUACAUUCAAUGUACUAAGUUUAUUUUUUUUCUUGAUCAAAAGAAAAUCUUUUUAAGACCAAACUAGAACAAUACGUUCUCAUAAAAAUAAUAAAAAUUUAGGGUUUCGUUAUAGUAACGUUAAAAAGUAGUGAGUUUUGUGUUCAGAGUAUUAGGAAAACCAGUGGUAUAUUUAUUAUUCCGAACAUUAAUAGUAAACAGAUAUCGGUUCUGACAAACCAUUGGUUGUAUUUGAAGUUUCAUGAUGCAACAACAUGACGAAGUUCAAGUUGAGGGAGGAUUAGAACAUGAGGAAGGAGAACUUCCCCACGAAGAACCAUCAGAUAUUUCAAAUGAAAAUGACGGAUCUGCCUCAAACAAUAACAUUGAUACCAACAUUGGUGAAGUAAGCGAAGUUGCUUCUGUAGGUAUUCAACAACGACGAAGCGAUAUACCACUUUGUCGAUUUUUUGCACGUGGAAUUUGUCGUUAUGGAGAAAAUUGUAGAUAUUCUCAUGAUGAUCAAUCACAACAAAAUGGACAGGGACAAGGCCAAGAAUAUCAAAAUGGAGUUGAGGAAAUAUUAUCAAACGGAAACAGGAAUAACAACGAUGCACACAAAUUUGGAGUGUUAACUCAUCCUAGAAGUUCAACUCCUUGUAGAUUUUUCGCAAAAGGUUUUUGUCGUUACGGAGAUGAUUGUAAAUUCUCACAUAAUGGUAAUAAUAAUAGAUUUCAAUCUAAUGGUCUUGUAAUUCCGAAUGGUGGUAUCGUUCAUCCUCCUCCUCAUUACCAGCAACAAUCAUAUGGUGAUUGGAGUAGCUAUCCUCCGGAUGGUGACAAUAAUGUUACAAAAACUUGGGACGAAGAUUCUCAAGAACCUAUGCAAACAUCUUAUUAUUAACAUAUUUCAGCAUUAUUACUUUAGCAUUUGAUUUGAUUCAUUUAGCGUCACUUGGCUUAUUUAGCAAUCAAUUUCUUCAGUAAUUAAAUACAUAUUUGUUUAUUGAAUUAUUUUUCAUAUAUUUUAUAUUUAUAAUAUUUCUUUUCAUUUGUGAGCACGAUUUUUGUAUAUAUACUUCUUUUAUUUUCUUAAAAUCCUUGUAUAUACAUUUUUAUGCCCACUCCCCUUUUA